GAGUAUAAAAACUAUAAAGAACAUGUUAAAAUGCCAGAAGAAGGAUGUUAUGUAACAAGUGUUAAAAUAAUCAAUGUGGAGAAGAGACGUACUCCAACAAAGCAUUAUGUAUAUGUUAUCAAUGCUGUUUGGUCGGAUGGUAAACAACAGGUCAUAUGUCGGCGUUACAGCCACUUUUUUACAUUGCAGAUAUCUUUGAUUGAUGCUUACCCACAAGAGUCAGGUGUUAACAAUCCAGCAGAACGAAUUCUUCCUUUUAUUCCAGGAAAAAUAUUGUUUGGAAGAAGUAAUGUGAGAGAAGUUGCUUUGAAAAGAAAAGAUCUUAUCAGUGAAUAUUUAGAGAAAUUGAUUGAACUGCCAGAAAAGAUAGCAAGAUGUGAGUUAGUUUUGGAUUUCUUAGAAGCUACAGAAGAAGAUGUAAAAAGUUUAAUCAGUGAUGGUAGUGAGAAGAAAGUGAAGAAAGAAAAAACAGCAGAUAGCAUCUCUGAUCCCAUCUUAUUGGAGCAGUUUAUUGUAAUUGCCAAUUUCAAGAAAACUGAGCGCAGCCAGGUCAGUUUAGCUGCUGGUGAUACUGUAGAAGUAAUUGAAAAGCAUGAAAAUGGAUGGUGGUUUGUUAGUAUCGAGGAUGAACAAGGAUGGGCACCUAGCUCAUACUUAGAACCGGUUGAAGGCAACUCUGGAAAGGAGAGCAAUACUGAGAUACUGAAAGAGGAAGAGAAGUUUAUAUGCACUCGAGUAUUCAAAGCUAGCCUACCUGAUGAACUUAGCAUAGAUCUGGGAGAUGUUGUUGAUGUGGUGGAGAAGUGCCAAGAUGGAUGGUGGAAAAUAAGGCUAAAAUAUGAAGAAGGUUACGUUCCAGUUGCACACCUAAAAAAAGUACCGAAAACCGGUUUGCUAAAAGUCGCUCAACCAUCUCCGAAAACAAGACGUUUCGUUCCACCUCCAAGAAAAAAUACUGUUAAGCGAAAAAUAAACAAAACUCCUGUGUGGGAGAAGGAAGGCGAAAACAACAAGACUACUACAGAGCGCCGCAAGCCCCCUCCUCCUCCGUCGUCGUCAAAGGAAGAGGAGGAAGUUAUCUAUGUAGCUUUGUCUGACUUCACAUCGAACCAAGGUAACAUGAACAUCGGCGAAGGAGAACAAAUCACUGUGCUUGAGAAGUCUCCAAAUGGCUGGUGGUAUGUGAGAGUGGGUGAUGAGGAAGGAUGGGUGCCAUCAACUGUUGCUCAACGGCAGCGUCGUCCUAAAAGUGUAAAGAAACACAUGGUUGCCAACCAGCCUGUAUCUAAAAAGAAGGAAGAGAAGGAACAAUACUUCACCAUAGGUGCUUAUAAUGCUGCAGAUGAGACUGGCAUAUCUUUUACUUCCGGUCAGUUAGUCCAAGUUAUUGAUGAAGAUCCCUGCGGUUGGUGGUUUGUACGGAUAAACCAUGAAGAAGGGUGGGCACCUUCAACAUUCCUGGAAAAAAUGAAUCCUGCUGAUGCGAGUGAAAAGAACAUAGCAAAACGUAGAAUUAGCAAUGAUAUUUGUGAUAUUAUAGAAACUAUUCCAAUUUCCAUAAACAUUAACAAUAAUUCCGAAAAGAUUACCACUGUUCCAAGAAAUCCAGUUAAAAUGCCAAAACCCUCUGCAAAACCGUAUGUUAGCAAGCAACCUCCCAAAGUUGAAAAAAAGCCAACAAUUCCUGUAAAAAGCAGUAUAGCGGCUGAACUAGAAGCAAAGUUAAAGAUCGGACAGCCUCCACCCCCGAAGCCUAGAAGAAAAACUUCAAGUAAUGCACAAGAGGAAUCAGUGGCUGCACGUCAUUCUCAAGCAAUUCCCUAUGACAAUCGCAGUGGUAAAUCGCCUGUUCCGCCUCGAAGACCACAUUCCCAAGCAGGGUCACCAUCUAUUAGUAAAAAGAAACCUGUCAGACCACCACUACCUGCAGCGCAUACAAAACAAGAAACAGGUCCAAUAGGAGAAGCAUACGUUGCUAUGGGAGAUUAUAAAGAUGAUGACGAGGGAAUGCUGACGUUAAGAGAAGGUGAAAAGGUAUUUGUGAUGGAGAAGGACGAUGGAGGGUGGUGGUUAGCAAAAUCUGGUGAUAAAACAGGAUGGGUGCCGUCAAAUUUUCUUACAAAGAAAUAAUAAUUUAUUGAAUAAAACACACUUAUAAAUUUGAUAUUUUAUUUGCUGUCAUGUUUUCAUUUUGUGAACGAAACAGAAUAUUGCACUUGUUUUAAAAAUUAUCACUGUACUGUCUUUAUUUUAAAUUUUCUAUUUAAUAGAUUUUUUUUCUCAAUACCUUUGAUAUAUAAUAUCUUCAGUGCAACCUACUUCGAUAGCCAUUUUGUUUCUUUUGUUUCUUCCCGCCAUACUACACCACUUAACACUCUCCUUUUACUCAAAUUACAUUCUUUUAGCAGAGGCAUAGUUAAACCAUAAUAAACGGAAUAUAGCUAACACAAAUUUUUAUAAUAUUUUGGAUGCAUUUAGUUCUUGUCAAAACACACUUGAACAACUUUGACUUUUCUAAGGAUACCUUUCCCAUUUUCCUUAGCAAUUUCUUUCGAAUAUGUCCCUAAGCAGCUGCAUUUGGAACACAAUGUUUGGGUAUUGUUCUGACGUAUUUUUUUAACGUAUUGACAGUAAAAAGCUGCAAAAAUCUUCUAAAGUAAUAUUCUCUGCACUUAUUGAAUUUCUUUCUUAAAAUAAAUGAAAAGUUGAACGUGAUUUUCAAGCGUUUUGUAAACUUAAUGCAAUUUAAAAUGUGAGUUUUGUUUCAACUGUGUACUUCCAAGACACAUUCUGGACAUCAAAAUGCUUCUGCAAAUUUGGAUUCGAUCGCAGGAAUUGCCUUUUUUAAUAGAAAAAUUUGCUACUGUUUCAACUUUAAGGAAAGUUUAUUUUUAUUAUUUAUAUUUUGUUCUUUUUUUACGUGCAAAUUAUUUUCAAAACACUAUAAAUAUUUGUUUAUAGUUAUUUUUGUUGAUAAAUAAAAAAUUCUUUCCAAUGUACUGUUAUUUUUAGAUAGAAAUAAUUAUAAUAUAAUUUUUAUAACUUGACACAUUUAUUAUCCUAAUUUUAAUAAGAUAGCAUUUUUUUGGUAUUCUUCAAUAUUGUUUUUUCUAAAUGGCAACUAAUUUUUAUUAUAUUGUAAGGCCUGUAGACUUGGGUAAUAUAGAGGAUAGUCUCGACUUACCAUCAAUUCGGUAAAUUUCAUCGAAUACCAUGUCAUAAUAAAGUGAAUGAAUAAAUAAAUGUAUAAAUGAAUGGAUGAAUGAAUGAAUGAAUGAAUGAAUGAAUAAAUGAAAAAUAAAUGGAUUAAUGAAUGAAUGAGUGAGUGAACAAAUAAAUUAAAUAAAACCAAGUAAGGUUAUCCAAGAGGAAAGUUUUAAAUUUGUAAAAUGAUGCUGUUAGAACGAGCCUAAUUAUAGAUUGAUUAUACAAGUUACAGUCUAUGACCUUUUCAUCACUAUUUGUGGUAUAUAAUGACACGUUUUUAUUGUUUUACAGUAAGUUACUAUGAAAUUAUGGAAUUUCCAUUUUUUUUCGAUUACUGAAGGUUUACUUGUAAGUAAAAAAUACCACCCAGGACGAAUACCACUCAGAUGGAUCUAAUUUCGAAAAGUAUGUUUAUAUAACGUUUAAAAAUAUCAAUAUAUUUGAUACUGGAAAAAGACAACAAUAAAAAUCGAAAGUUUUAAGAGUUUAUGAUAUGAUGGUUUAUGGUAUUUUUUGAGAAAGGUUUUAUAGUCUACUGAUACAUACACCAACACAUAUUGUGUAUGUAUCUGUAGUCAACUGACUUAACUCGUAAUCAUCUAUUUGAUUUUAUUUAUAUACACGUAUAUAUCGAAUAACUUAUAUUUCACAAGUAUUAUUCAAUGGAAGUGAUCGA